AUGGCGUCUUUUGACCUUGAUUUCAACAAAUCUCUUUGGCUAUUUUUUCUGCAAAUAAAGGGAAAUCGACAAGCUAAUACGCAUGAUGACAGUAUUAUACGUAAAUCGAACAAUAACUUCUUUGACAUUCUCUUCAGGAAGUUAGCCAAGAAAAGGAGAGUAAAGUAUAUAUCAACUCUUCUGGCUUACCAAUACCGCGAGCGAGGCAUCUGGAUGAGACUACGCACAGAUGCCUGGUUUGUCAUGGUUGACAUAUCUCUGGACGAUCAAACAUGGUACGCCAACUUUAGAGUUUCAAGGCACACAUUUCAGUUUAUCCUAGAUCAGAUUGAAGAUGAUAUUGUUCAUGAGAAUACAAGGCUUCGCAAAGCAGUUUCUCCGAGAUGCAGAUUGGCAAUGGCUUUGUACUAUCUGGCAAGCACUGCUGAAUAUCGCACAAUUGCAAAUUUGUUCGGAGUUUCCCCGUCAUUUGUUUGUAUUUGCGUGAGAGAAGUCUUCCAAGCAAUCAUUGAUAAUAUGAAAUCGUCAUUUGUAUUUUUCCCCAAGGACGAGGAGCUUGAUGCAAUUGUCAAAGUGUACAAAGAAAGGUGGGGCUUUCCAAUGUGCUGUGGGGCUAUAGACGGAACACAUAUACCGAUUAUAGCUCCAACUGAAAACCAUGCCGACUACGUAAACAGAAAGGGGUAUCAUAGUAUUGUGAUGCAAGCGGUAGUUGACAGCAAUUAUCUUUUCCGAGACAUGGUAAUUGGUUGGCCUGGAAGUGUGCAUGAUGCACGUGUUCUUUCCAACUCGCAUUUGUAUCGGCUUGGCAACGAGGGAAAAUUGUUUGUUGGAAACCUAUCUGAAAACAUCAGUGGAACUCUUGUUAAUCCAUUAAUAUUGGGAGAUCCUGCCUAUCCAUUACUGCUCUGGCUGAUGAAACCCUAUCAACAUAGCCCUGAUAUCACUGCUUCCCAAAAAUACUUUAAUUAUCGACUUAGCAGAGCUAGAAUGACAGUUGAAAAUACAUUUGGGCGAUGGAAAGGACGAUUUAGGCGGUUUUUAAAGAAAGUGGAUAUGAAUGUCACUAAUGUAUGCAUCACAGUGGCAGCUUCAUGUAUUUUGCAUAAUUUGUGCGAAAUUUCCCAUGAGGAAAUUGUCGAUGAAUGGUUGACAGAUGUACAGGCUUCUGCUGCUGCAGAUAAUGAUGAGUAUUUAGUGCAAGACUUGCUUGUAACACCCGACGCUUCGGAUAUUAGAGAUGCAUUAACUGAUUACUUUAUGUCAGAUGGUGGGGCAAACAUGGGUUGUGGUGGUUCAUAG